GUAGAAUCGAUGACAAUUAAAUUUGGGCCAUUAAACACGGAAAGUAGGUUAAAGAGCAAGUACAAGUUCUUCAAAACCAUGUGCAGUGACAUAAAAAAACUUAUGAAUGUAUCCGGGUUUGGAUGGGAUGCAAGGAGGAGGAUAGUAACCGUCGACAGUGCCGUUUGGAUUGACUACUUAGCGGAGAAUGAAUGGGCAAAUAAAUAUCAUAACAAGAUGUUGCCCGAAUAUUCACUCCUCAGUAAGAUCUAUGUGGGCAACACAGCAGAUGGGAUGUACAAAUCGACUGAGGGUGGCAUUACAAUUGAGUCAGAAAGGCCCGAAACUCCAUUCUCUAAUGACCCCCUUGUAGAAGUCCAGGUCCAAUCUAGCUCAUCCUCAUCUGAUGACCCAGUAUCAUUAGGAUAAAAAAGACGACGUUUUCAUACUCCUAUAAGAACACAACGCCGAUCAAAGCAACCCACCUCCAAUUACUCCAUGACUAAAGUCAUGAUAGAGGUGAUCGAUAACAUUAAGAUGCUAGCACGUGAAAUCGCAGGUAACAGCAGUACUCUUGUGGUAGAUGUUCCGUCCAAAGUUAGGAGAGACGCCUUAAAGACUGUUGAAGACAUGUGGAGAGCAGGUGAACUUGGUGAUGAUGUUUUUGUAACGGCGGCAAGGAUCUUCCAAGAUUCUAUAAAGGCAGAGAUGUUAUUAAACUUACCAGAUCCAAGAAUACUAAAGGCUUACUUGGAUGAAGAAGUGAAACACCUCUAAAUACUUGAUAUGUUUACUUUAUAUGGUUUCCAUAUUAUAAAUAUGUAUGUGGAUGACUUCUUUCAUUUGUAA